GGAGGCUGAGCUGCGGCCCGCCUCCCUCGGGGGCGGCGAGGCCGGGCUCCACCCCGACGAGAGCAGUUCUUCUGCCGACUCAGGCUGGCCCGGCGGGACGGCUGGGCUCCCGCCAUGGCGCUGCUGCUGGAGUACGAGUUCCGGACGCUGCCGGCCGAUAAGCAGAUCGACACGGAGCCCUUCCUGGAGGCCGUGACGCACCUGCCGCCCUUCUUCGAUUGCCUGGGCACCCCACUUGUCUACGCCCCAGUGAAGGCGGAUCUCUCCGGGAACAUUAAGAAAAUACGGGCGGUUUACGAAUCAAACCCAACCAAGUUCAAAACCCUUCAGAACAUCUUGGAAGUGGAGAAGGAAAUGCACGGGUCGGCUUGGCCGAAAGUGGGGGCCACCUUGGCCCUCAUGUGGCUGAAGAGGGGACUCAGGUUCAUCCAGGCCCUGUUGCAGAGCCUUUGCGAUGGGGAGCAGGACAAGGACAACCCCAAUCUGAUCCGCGUGAACGCCGUCAAAGCCUACGAGCUGGCCCUGAGGAAGUAUCAUGGCUGGAUGCUGCAGAAGCUUUUCCUGGGCUCCGUCUAUGCUCUCCCCUACAAGUCAGACUUGCUGAAGGCCCUGGAGAAAGGCAAGGAGGUCAAGGAGGAAGAGACCUUUGAGAAGAUCCACCAGUUCUUGUCCAAAGCAACACCCAUCCUCGACACCAUCUACGAGAUGUACACAAAAAUGAACGCGGAGCUGAGCUACAAAGCUUGACCAGGCCCUCCCCUCCUUUGCCUCCCCUCCCUCUGCUCUGCAGCCCAGCAAGUGCCUUCCAGCCCUCGAGGUCACCUAUACAGAAGAUCUGCAGCAGUUCUAGGAGGCUGAGCAGCCACGGAAAGGUUUCUCCACUCUGGCCCAGGCUGAGGGGCUUUGAUGCUCUUUUGUGGCCUUUCUCUCGUGGCCUUUCUACUUCUAAGGACAUAAAGGGGGGGCAGCAGCCCCUCCCUGCUCACUGGAAGGGAGAACCCGUCUUCCUCUGAGCUUUGGGCAGCGCACAGGAGACACCAGUUGCGCCCCAGGACUGACUAGUGCCCAAACGUCCCACGAGCCGUGCCAGGAGGGCGUGUAAAGCAGGGAAGCCUCAUCUCGGGGAGCUUCACCCCUUGGGAGGCGGCUUCCUGGCAGUGGGGCCACGGUGGGCUUCCCUUGCUUUCUCCUGGGUGGCCUUUUAACUUCUCUGCCUCACCUGACAAGAGCAGCCGGACUUGAGUGACUUUUCGGCACGACUCUUGGGGUGAACAUCCAUGCGGCCUCUUUGCACAACGGAUUUCUUCAGGGAACUGACUCUGGCUUAAAACUUGCUGUCAUUUUCUGGGGCAUAAAAAUUAUGCCAAGCCUUAAUGGUGUUGCUACUGCUUGAUGCCUUCUGUGGAUGGUUUUAGGAAACCCAACAGUUGAAUUAAAAUUUUAUGAGAGA